CCAAUUUCAAAUAUCAGCCAGACCUCACGAAAUUACUCGUGCGCAAGCGGAAUUCAUCUUUGCAGGCACUAUGACUGCCAACAGCGCUGAGCACCCACUGCAAGCCUUCCGCAUCGCGGGUUUGCCUCCGGACUUCUACUACAUCCCGAACUUCAUCUCGGUCGAGGAAGAAGCAUCGAUACUGCAAAAAAUCCCCACGCAAAGAUGGAUAACCCUCUCCCACCGGCGCCUCCAAGCACACCCCUCCACACUCACCAAAAACAACACACUCCUCGCCUCUUCCCUCCCAGCAUAUCUCACCAACCAAAUCUUCCCGCGCUUCAGGAACCUAGGCAUCUUCCAUCACACGCCCCAUGAGCAACCGAAUCACGUCCUCAUCAAUGAGUAUAAGCCCGGUGAGGGCAUUAUGCCGCAUGAGGAUGGCAAGGCGUACGCGAGUGUGGUUGCGACUGUGAGUUUGGGUGGGAGUGUGUGUUUAAGUCUUUCUCCGAAACCGGGGGCCAGCGAGGAUGGUGAACAGGUAAAAGAGGAGGGAAAAGAUGGUGAAGGGCAAUGGAAGAUACCGACCCGCAUUUUGCAGGAACCGAGAUCGCUGCUUAUUACGACUGGGGUGGCGUAUGAGUCAUUGCUGCAUGGUGUUGAUGCUGUGGAGGUUGAUGAAGAUCUCAAUGUUGCGACGGUUGCGAACUGGUCGCUGCUGGGCGAUCGAAGGGUGUUUGAGGAUGCGGGCGGCCGCAAUGUGAGGGGAACGAGGAUCAGUCUGACAUACAGAGACGUGCUGAAGGUCAACUCUGCGGCCAGCAAGGUCUUCGAAGGAUUGAUACGACAUUAGUAGUUGCAAACGAAUCCAACGAACAUUAAACUUCGAACGAUUCCUCAUACUGGAGAUUUGAAAAAGCAUCAGAAGUCUUUCUGCACCCAUCUUCCUGGAGGUCGUCAAGCCUCUUCAAAUCCGAAGCCAUAGUCCAC